AUAGUGAACCCGAUGGACAUCCAGACGUCCAGCGCCGUCUUCUGGACGUGUCUGAAAGCGGUGUCUAUCUGGCUGCUGUCCGUCCUGCUGGCUGUCCCCGAGGCCAUCUUCUCACAAGUCGGUCACAGGGACAACACUAACGUCACCUUUGUGAACUGCGUACCGUACCCGCUGUCCAAUCAGAUGCAUCCAAAGAUCCACUCAGUGAUGAUCUUCCUGGUUUACUUCCUGAUCCCUCUGGCCAUCAUCUCUGUGUAUUAUUACCACAUCGCCCGCACGCUCAUCAAGAGCGCCCACGACAUGCCGGGGGAGGUCAGCGAACACACCAAGAGACAGAUGGAGACGAGGAAGCGUCUGGCCAAGAUCGUGCUGGUGUUCGUGGGUCUGUUCGCCCUGUGCUGGUUCCCCAACCACGUGCUCUACAUGUACCGCUCCUUCCACUACCACCAGAUGGAUCUGUCGCUGGCCCACCUCGUCAUCACCCUGCUGGCCAGAGUCCUCAGCUUCUCCUCCUCCUGCGUCAACCCCUUCGCCCUCUACCUGCUCAGCGAAAGCUUCCGCAGGCACUUCAACAGUCAGCUGAGAUGUGGAAGAGGCCCCCGCCCAGAGCGCCAGGCCAGCUACCUGCACAGCACCUCCCACAUCCGCCUCACCUCCAUCAAGAAGACCACACCCACCGCUGCCAUCAUUGCCCCAGCAGCCAACGGCAACUCCAACAGACAAGAAGUGGCUCUGUGAAGCAGGAGGCUGAGAGUCAGUGAUUUACAGCUUCACCUCAUCCCAGGAGUUCUGUGAACACAGGACCAGGAGAGGUGUUUUGGUGCAAAGUAUAGCCUGUGUGGACAGGUAGAGGAAACUCUAGAGGCUUUGUACCUGGUGAAUGAUUGUACCAGUUGCUCCUCAUCAUUUACAUCCUCAACCUGGCAACCAAACAAAAAAGUGCCUCUUGGAAAUACAAGGUGAGAAGUCAAAGGGAAGUAAAAACCCUAUCGAACUAGAAAAUGCUUCACUUUUCUACAGCCACAACUCUCCAGAUUUAUUGAAAUAUGUUUAAUAAAUGUAGAUAUGGAAGAAGUAAAACUGUUGAGUGAAAGUUUAACAAACCACAAGUCUGAGGCAGAGAGGACAGACAGCCCUGUUGGGAGCAUGGGCACCACGCUGGCAUGUCUGCUGUGAAAGCUUGCUUCUGUGUGCUAAGCUGCUCGAAUGCUCACACAUCACUGAUUGAUCUAAAAAGCCAUUUUCAUUUAUUUGGUGGCACUGUAUUGAUCCACUAAGAGGCAGGAUUUUGCCCGUCUUUGUCUGAUAAUGAGCGAGUCUUAUCCAGGGACAUUUUGAUGAAUGCUCGGGACCAUUGGAGGAUUGAACGUUUGACUCAAGUUACAGGAUGGUCUCUCUCUCUCUGAACUCCUGCUACAGCCGUGGAGGUGAUGGAGUUGAUCUGGAUGCUGUUACAGCAGUUAAACACUACCCGAAGCCUUGUCAACCAAAAUAUCUCCUUGGGUGGAGGAAAACCUCUUUGGUAAAUGUUUGGUUUGUGGCUCUGUUACUUUUGGCGUCCAUCAGGUACUAUUCUGUCUGAGAGCUGAGAACCUCUGCUGCAGUUAUCUGCAGCUUUGUGCUAUAACCCAGCUGACAGUUUGUUGAUUUGCCCUCUACACUGUUUGAGUUUGCCCAUGCAGCCUGCAUGUGUUUACUGGACUUGUAUAAAGCUUAUGAGCACUGGGCCUGCCAGGGUUGUGCCUGCUCUGUCACCAGUUUGUAAUUUUCACAAAAACCAUCCAAGGUUCAGAUAUCAAAGGUCUUGUUCAUCAGAGAGGGUAAGAACAUUAGUUCUGACGAGCAGCCUCGGGAGCUGAGCCUGAAGUCGAAGCUCUCAAUUGAGGAGGUGAUCCAUAUUCCAACCCUCAGCUGUGGUAAUGAACUUUGUGUAAUGACCAGAAGAAUGAGAUCACAGAUACAGGAGGCUGAAAUGAGUCUCCUUCC